AUGCUUAGAGCUCUAGCUUCGAAGAAAGCGACGAGCGCCAGCCUGCUGCGUGGCAGCAGCUCUGCGUGCUCCGCCUGUCGCCGCUCUCACUUCCUGGCGACCUCGUCCCGACCCAACGUGCAAUUGACCACGCGAAGGCCGCUGGCUGUCCUUGACCGUGUCGCUGGACGAAGAGAAUAUGCACAGAGCGCGGAGGAAACCUCUCGAGGAGUGGACCCCAAUGAUUCCUUCCUCCAAGGCAAUACCGCCAACUACAUCGACGAGAUGUACCUCGCAUGGCGCGAGGACCCCUCCAGUGUGCAUAUUUCCUGGCAGACCUACUUCAAGAAUAUGGAGGAUGGGAAUAUGCCAAUCUCGCAGGCCUUCCAGCCCCCGCCUACCAUCGUUCCCACUCCCGUCGGAGGUGUGCCUCAGCACAUGCCUACCGCAGGCCAUGAUUUGACGAACCAUCUCAAGGUGCAACUUCUUGUCCGCGCUUACCAGGCUCGUGGCCACCACAAGGCCAAGAUUGAUCCUCUAGGAAUCCGUGGCGAGGCAGAGGCUUUCGGCUACAACAAACCCAAGGAGUUGGAGCUCGACCAUUACGGAUUUACCGAGAAGGAUCUUGACCAAGAAUUCACCUUGGGACCCGGUAUUUUGCCUCGCUUCGAAACCGAGUCCCGCAAGAAGAUGACUCUGCGAGAAAUCAUUGCUAGCUGCGAAAAGAUUUACUGCGGUUCCUACGGUGUCGAGUACAUUCAUAUCCCAGACCGUAAGCCUUGUGACUGGAUCCGCGAUCGCUUCGAGAUUCCUCAACCAUACAAGUACUCCGUUGAUGAGAAACGCCGUAUUUUGGACCGUUUGAUUUGGAGUUCCAGUUUCGAAUCCUUUUUGGCUACGAAAUUCCCCAACGACAAGCGUUUCGGUCUUGAGGGAUGCGAAACCCUGGUUCCUGGUAUGAAGGCUCUCAUUGAUCGCAGUGUCGACUAUGGUGUCAAGGAUAUUGUUAUUGGAAUGCCUCAUCGUGGUCGUUUGAACGUGUUGUCCAACGUCGUCCGCAAACCCAACGAAUCCAUCUUCAGUGAAUUUGCUGGUUCUGCUGAGCCUGAAGACGAGGGCUCUGGAGACGUGAAAUACCAUCUCGGCAUGAACUUUGAACGCCCUACUCCCUCCGGAAAACGCGUUCAAUUGUCUCUGGUCGCUAACCCGUCCCAUUUGGAAGCUGAAGACCCCGUUGUCCUAGGUAAGACUCGUGCCAUUCAACAUUACAACGGAGACGAGAAGGAUUUCAACACCGCCAUGGGAGUUCUGCUGCACGGUGAUGCCGCCUUUGCUGCUCAGGGUAUUGUCUACGAGACGAUGGGUUUCCACUCUCUCCCUGCCUACUCGACCGGUGGUACUGUCCACAUUGUUGUUAACAACCAGAUUGGUUUCACGACCGACCCUCGAUUUGCUCGUUCUACUCCUUACUGCUCUGACAUCGCCAAGGCUAUUGAUGCUCCCGUCUUCCAUGUUAACGCCGACGACGUGGAAGCUCUCAACUACGUCUGCCAGGCGGCCGCCGACUGGCGAGCUGAGUUCAAGCGUGACGUUGUUAUUGAUAUCGUCUGCUACCGUAAGCAAGGUCACAACGAGACCGACCAGCCAUCUUUCACCCAGCCUCUGAUGUACAAGCGCAUCGCCGAGAAAAAGAGCCAGCUCGAAACAUAUGUUAGCAAGCUCAUUUCCGAGGGAACUUUCAGCAAGGAAGACAUCGAUGAGCACAAGAAAUGGGUUUGGGGUAUGUUGAACGACAGCUUCGACCGCAGCAAGGACUACCAACCCACUGGUAAAGAAUGGUUGACCUCCGCAUGGAACGGCUUCAAGAGCCCCAAGGAGCUUGCCACUGAGGUCUUGCCUCAUCUGCCAACCGGUGUUGAUGUAGAGACUUUGAGGUCAAUUGGUGACAAGAUCAGCGGAGCACCCGAUGGAUUUACUGUUCACCGCAACCUUAAGCGCAUUUUGGGAACCAGGAAGAAGGCUGUUGAUGAAGGUCAAAACAUCGACUGGGCUACUGCAGAGGCCCUCGCUUUCGGUACAUUGGUGAAGGAAGGCCACCACGUUCGUGUAUCCGGACAGGACGUUGAACGUGGUACUUUCUCUCAACGUCACGCUGUUCUGCACGACCAGGAGAACGAGGGUACCUAUACCCCUUUGCAACACAUUAGCGAAGACCAGGGUACAUUCGUCAUCUCUAACUCGUCACUGAGCGAGUUCGGUGUCCUCGGUUUUGAAUACGGUUACUCUCUGACUUCCCCUAACGCCCUUGUUAUGUGGGAAGCCCAGUUCGGUGACUUCGCCAACAACGCCCAGUGCAUCAUAGAUCAGUUCAUUGCUUCCGGUGAAGUUAAGUGGUUGCAACGUUCGGGCUUGGUUAUCUCGCUGCCUCACGGUUACGACGGCCAAGGCCCAGAGCACUCUUCCGGUCGUAUGGAGCGUUGGUUGCAAUUGUCCAAUGAAGAACCUCGUGUCUUCCCAUCUCCAGACAAGCUGGACCGUCAACACCAGGAUUGCAACAUGCAGAUUGUCUGCAUGACUUCCCCAUCCAACUUGUUCCACAUUCUGCGUCGUCAAAUCAACCGUCAAUUCCGUAAACCACUUGUUAUCUUCUUCUCGAAAUCUCUCUUGCGUCAUCCUAUCGCUCGUUCUGAAAUUGAGGAAUUCACUGGUGACUCUCACUUCCGAUGGAUCAUUCCAGACCCAGCGCACGGUACCUCAAUUGAUGAGCCGGAGAAGAUUGAGCGUGUUAUCAUGUGUUCUGGCCAGGUAUACGCUGCUCUUACCAAGUACCGUGAGAGCCAUGGUAUCCGCAACACUGCUAUCACUCGUAUUGAACAACUCAACCCCUUCCCAUGGGCACAACUGAAGGAGAACCUCGACAGCUACCCUAAUGCUAAGGACAUCGUCUGGGCCCAGGAAGAGCCCCUCAACGCCGGUGCCUGGAGCUUUGUCCAGCCCCGUAUUGAGACUUUGCUCAAUGCCACAGAGCACCACAACCGACGCCAUGUGCUUUAUGCUGGUCGUUCCCCAAGUGCCUCCGUUGCCACGGGCCUCAAGGCUAGCCACGUUAAGGAGGAGCAAGAAUUCCUGUCUGACGCUUUUAACGUGCACCAGGAGCACCUAAAGGGGGAGUAA